CUGCUUGAAGCGCCCCAUUCAUUCCUUUCACUCGCAUCCCAGCAGCGGCCCUCCCCUCCCGCUUCUCUCCGCCUGGAAAGAUGGCUGCUCCGGCGUUGGUGAGAAGCUCCGAGCCGGCGCUGUGCCCGAGCUUCGCGGAGGUCUGUUCGUUUCUGGAACGCUACGGAGCGGCCCUCGACCUGCCCGAGAUUACUUUCCCGCAGAUGGAGGGCUACCUGCGCGACAAGACGACAGUUCCUAAACCUCUCAUUGAACUUCAUGUGAAGCUGAUCCGAAAACUUGGGAAGACUGUUUCUUCUGACCGCUGGGAAAAAUACCUUGCCAAGAUGUGCCAGGAACUGAAUAGUGCCUGGGCGUGGGAGCUGGAACAGAACGGCUACCAGGAUAUGUCCAUGGAGUGCAAGUCCAGCAUCCUCAAAUAUCUGUGCGAGUGUCAGUUUGACGACAACCUCAAGUUCAAGAUGGCCAUCAACGAGGAGGAGCCAGAGAAGAUGCGCCUGCAGCCUAUCGGGCGGGAUUGCCAGGGCCUCAUGUACUGGCUUCAGCUGGACCAGGAGCAGAACAUCCGGUUGUACACGGAGGAGCAGGACGACCUGGAUGGGUCCACCUGGAGGUGCAUCGUCAGGACCCGCAACGACCUGGCAGAUGCUCUGGAGCUCCUGAAGGCCCAAGUUUCAAACCAGAACCGGGCUGGAUCUGGAAACAGCAGUCCUGCACAGAGAGAAGCUGUGGACGAGGUCAGCAAACUCAGCAAGAUCUCAGAGGGCGUUGUUGAUGGUGUGAAGGUUGAAAAUGAAGGAAAAAACCUAAAACAAGUGAGAACUCAAGAGCGGACGCCGACCAUCAAACAGGAGGUGAAAGAAGAGAAGGCCGAUGACCCACCUCCUGUUUUUGAUAACCACGUGAGCACCAUUACCUCCGUCAUCAAAACAGAGCGCACGGACUCCGAUGCCCACAAAAGCGCCGUGUCUGUUGUCAUGGCAACUGUCACGGCCACAUCAAAACAGGAAGUGAACAAGGAGGAGGAGGCUGAGCGCGCGGUCGUCAGGAGCAACCAGCAGGCUAAGAUACCGCUGAAGAAGAGAGAGCUGAAGCUGGCAGAAAGCUACCACAGUAACCACCUCAACAACAAGAGCAGCAGCAGCAGCAUCAUCGUGUGCAAUCCCGCCGUCAUCCACAGCAAGGAUGUCUCAGUGGCGCCCCCGAGUGGCCCUGCGGCAUCGCAACAGCAUCCUGAGUCGGUCCUGAAACGAGAGCUGACCAACGGGAGGGCGUCACUCCUGUUGCCGCACAAAGAGGGACAAAAUGAGGCUGUGAGCGUCAUAGGUCAUGUCGGGGUAAUCCGCGGCCCACCGGAGCGCGUUCAAACGCCCUGCGCUGGACAAGAAGAAGAAAACGGCUGCAGAGCUGUGGAGGAAGACAGAGAGGUGAGCCGGAAGUCAGUGCUGGUGAGAAAUGCACCCAUCGUCAUGGAGGCAGUAUCUGUUGCCACCACUUCGCCGCCUCAGCCAGCGGAGGGCGCUGAGAGACUGGAGGUGGAGGAAAAGGGCAAGAAAACAACAAAGGAUGAGGACAAAGAAACUGCAGAGAGCGUCCUUCAAGGACAGGACACCGACUCAGGAUCGCAGGGACUUCAUGUGGAAGAGGAAGGAAGCAAAGACAUGCUUGAGAAGGACACCAGUAUUUCAGGCUCCGCCCCUUCUGUCACAGAACCCCAGCAGGAGGGGGAAUGCAUCAAUGGCGGCCUGGUGGAUCAGUCUAGCGAGAAGGACAUUGUACAUGGUUCUGAGCACAGGUCACGCCCACUAGAGGAAGCCUCCUCAGAGCUCCAGAAAGAAGGAAUCAGGUUGAAGAUUAAGAUUCCUCCUCAUCGCAGAAACAAGCUGCGGGCCAAAGAGCAACAGAGGGAAGUGUCUGAAGGGGGCAGGUCGCUCAGGAGGUCUGCAAGGAUUUGCAAGCCCAGCUCCAAAGCCACUGACGGGCAGAAAAAGAAACGAAAGCAGACCACAAGAGAAGAAGAAGAAGAGGAGGAGGAAGGAGAAGAGGAGGAGGAGCAGAGUUUGGCGACCACAAAAGACAGAAAAGUUCAAGCUGUUGUCCACACCAGGAAGCGAAGGGGCAAACGGAGACACGGACGCCCCCGCUGGACCAACAUUCGCACCAAAAGACGCAAACCGAAUGACGCAGAGGAGGUGGUGGACAAAGAGGAGGCCAGCGAGGGAGGGUGCCACUCAGAGGAGUCCUGUCAAUCUGAGGAGAUUCCCAAGGAGGACGCCUGCUCUCACUGCGGCCUUCCCAACCACCCAGAACUGAUCCUGCUGUGCGACUCCUGUGACAGUGGAUAUCAUACCGCCUGCCUGCGCCCUCCCCUCAUGCUUAUCCCUGAUGGCGAGUGGUUCUGUCCCCCCUGCCAACACAAGCUGCUGUGUGAGAGACUGGAAGAGCAGCUGCUGAACCUCGACAGUGCUCUGAAGAAGCGAGAGCGAGCCGAGAGGAGGAGGGAGAGGCUGGUAUACGUCGGGAUCAGCGUGGAGAACAUCAUUCCUGGAGAUGAGGAAGAGGAGGAGGGAGAACAAACGUCAGCCAAGAAGAAAGAUCCAAAGAAAAGUAAAAAUCUGGGUAGGAGAUCAACCAGAACCAGGAAGCACAUUAGCUACAGAUUUGACGACUUUGAUGACGCCAUCGACGAGGCCAUAGAGGAGGACACUGGGGAUGUUCAAACAGGGGGAGGCAGAGACAUCACAGCUCUCCUGUCUCAGGACGGGAGGUUGGGUCGCCGCGGGCCAAUCAGAGCCCAGACACACACCACCACCAGGAACAAGAAGAAGCGGCGCCUGAACGAUCUGGAGAGUGACAGCACGGCGGCGGAGAGUGAGGACGAGUUCACGCUCAGUGAAAGCUCAGAGGAUGAAGAGUUCGGAGGCUCAGGCGCUGAUGAUGAUGACGAUGAGGAAGAUGAGGAUGCGGGCAGCUGGGACAGCGGGUCCCGCCCCAGACGGUCGGUGCCUAAGCACAGGCCCAGCAGGACCAAAGACAAAGCCGGGAGACGACUGGGGCGGCGCCGGCGCCGGAGACGCUCCUCAGAGGAGGACGGUGGCAGCGAUGACGAGCUGGACGCGGACCAGUACAGCGACAUGUCGGACUCUGAUAAGAAGAGGGGGGGGCUGAGGCGGGGCCACCGCCAGCAGGUCAACUACAGAGAGACUUCCGAGUCAUCUGACAAUUCCAGGACGUCUCCCAAAAGGGAAAAAGUCAAACCACGCGGCCGACCGCGCAAGGAACAUCUCUCCAGCGACUACAGCGAUGUGUCGCCUUCCUCACGGGACUCUGAAGAGGAGGACGACGAUGAAGCUGGUCGAAGGAGAAGAGAGAAGAGGAGCAGAAGAGAAGAGGAAGACGUCUGCGCUCGCCGAUCCAAAGAAAAGCAGAGAAGACGCCAAGGCGAGAAGGACGACGACGACCAGGCGAGAGGGAGGUGGCGUAAAAGGAAAUCCUCGGAAAAGGAGGAUGACGAAGACGAGCGGAGGACAGCCAGAGAGGAGGAAGACCCAGACAAAAUGGGCAGAGGGAAAAGGAGGGAGAUGCUGUCCCAGCAGCGCCGCAAGCGCCUCGCUCAGAUGCUGAAGAAACGCAGACCUUCCACGGAUGAAGACGACGACGACUCCCAAGAAUCUGAAUCUUCCUCCGAGGAGGACCGCCCCGUACGCAAAAGACUCAACCGCAUCGACUCGGACGAGGAGGAGGAAGAGGAGGGGGAGUCGGAGCAGGAGAUGAAGAAGUCAGAAGCUGGAGGGAAAGAUGACAGUGAUGCUCAGGACGAUGGGCGGGGCGACAGCCCGCCUCUGUCUAACAGACAUCGGACCUCCAGGGGCCCGACAAAGCCUGGGACCGCAGUUGCUGCCGAGCCCACAGAAGGUGAAAGGUUGGGCGGGCAGGACAAACACAAUGGCCCCUCACAUGCGGAGGAGGAGGAAGAGCAGGCCGAGUCAGACUCAUUAAACUCUGUCCAGAACAGUCCACAGUCGUGAUGGACCACAUUCUUCUUUGUGGCUUUUACUUUGGAACUUUCUGGACUUUUCUUCCCCCUCCCCUUCCUUGCCAUCAUAGUCCGACCGUCAUCACACUUGUAACACAAACGCACAAGUAGCUGCACGCUCUGACCAUAAAAGGACGCUAGAUGGUCACGAUUAUCCAUCCACCUAACUCUUCCUGAAAACCCUGUGGUCCUUCUCACAGCACUCCGUCAAUGAGUGCCAGGACACACUCUGGAUCACGUGACCUGAAGACUUCUUUGUCUCCUGUUGGCGAAGCAUCCAUUGACUUUUAAAGGGGGUGGCUUCCUGGAAAUGUCAACAGGUUGUUGGCUGUACAUACUUUACCGUGCCCUCUUCUUGUAAAAUAGUACAUGUUUAGUCUGUUUUAGUGCUCUUGUAAGAUACACUGUUCUAUUUUCUCUAUGAAGGAGAGGAGCGCUGCGGCACUGCGAGCCCCGCCGCCAUGUUUGAGAUUCUGCCACGGCUGGGAGCAGUGAAAGCGGACCAGAACGACAAAAAAUACUUUUAAUCAAGACGGCAGGGGGCAGCAUUUUAACCGCGAGAAACUGAAUUUCUCAUUUCCGUAUCAUUAGCUAAACUGACCAACAGCAACAAGGUGACGUUACAAUAAGCAGCCAGGGGGCGUGUCCUCCGGAGUUGCGGGGCCAAGCUGCUGUUCCCAAAUGACGGCCAACAUACAAUAAUACCUUUUCUUUUACUGUUUUAAAAGUUAACCUCCCACAAAUAUUCAUCUUUAAAGUUUUAUAAGUCUAAGCAAUAAAUGGGCUUAAAGAAAGAUGGUCAUCUGUAAUAAAAGCUAGAAAUUAUAUUUUACAUCAAUUUGGAACAUAAUGUAUUCUUUUUAAGUGCUGACCUGUUCUGACCUCCAAAUAGAAGGAUCAGCACAACCUCUUUCAAGAAUGCAUCGAAGGUGUUCAAUAAGUUCAUUUUAUAGUCCAACUCCCAAUUUAAUUAUUUUGAUGUAUUAACCAAUCAAAGCCCAGCAGGCCAGCCUGGUCACAUGUGACUAAAUAAUCACUUUAUUUUUUUACUGCUGGAAGUUUGCUGUGUUGAUUAAGCUGAUGCGCUCCCAUCACAAAGUGGUCCUCUUUCCAAGUGCAACUUACCAGGAUUGAAACAGACUCAAGUGGACGUGACUCUGUUGUUAUUACUGUAGUGUCACUGUCUCCUAAAUGUUGUCUAAGUUAUUAAAAACCAGCACUGCGAGCAUC